UCGAAAGGAAAACGAAGUCCCAUCUCAUACAAAUCUCGUGCUUCUCUGCCAAACUAGAACCAUCUCUCUCACCUUCGCCUCCUCUCUCCACGAACGCUAGAGCUUCUUCUUCUCAUAGGAAUCUCCGGGUUCUCAUCUCGUCUUGUGGCUGCUCUUCUUCUGAGACUUCGAUCAAGAUCUGGUUUGGUUCGUUUGCAGUGGUUUUAUGGUUUGGUGGUAAUUCAGAUUGAGAAGUGUUGGAUUUGGGAGUACAGUUGCAAUGAGUGCAAGGGGAAGGUCGGUGUUGGAGAUCUUGAUGGAGGGCCAUGGUGUAAGUGGAGGAGGGCAGUCGAUCUUUGUUACGAUGAAAUUCGCCAUCUUGCCAAUUGCCAAGGUCUUCGUUAUGUGUUUCAUGGGGUUUCUGAUGGCGUCUAAGUAUGUCAACAUUUUGCCUUCUAAUGGACGGAAGCUACUUAAUGGGCUAGUGUUUUCCCUUCUACUGCCUUGCCUGAUAUUCUCUCAACUCGGUCAAGCAAUUACUUUCGAGAAAUUGCUUGAAUGGUGGUUUAUUCCUGUCAAUGUCAUUCUGGCCACAAUAUCAGGCUCAUUAAUUGGUCUCAUCGUUGCGUGUAUUAUCAAACCUCCUUAUCCAUAUUUCAAAUUCACCAUCAUACAUAUUGGAAUCGGGAACAUUGGAAAUAUACCUCUUGUCUUAAUAGCAGCUCUAUGCCGUGAUAAAACCAACCCAUUUGGUGACUCCAGACAGUGUAACCAAGAUGGCAAUGCCUAUAUUUCAUUUGGUCAGUGGGUUGGUGCUAUUGUUCUGUACACCUAUGUGUUUCAUAUGCUGGCUCCUCCACCAGGACGAACCUAUGAUGGCAUUGACAAAGAAGAAAGCCUUCCAACUAAGAACCCUGUUAAUGUUUCUGCUCCUGAGCAAUUGUUGCCCUUGCUAACCGAAGAGCCUCAAACGAUUGAGCUAGACACUUCCAAAAGUGCAAAAAUAAUUGGCUAUCUAUGUUAUCUCGCAGAGAAAUUCAAGAUUAAGCAAAUUUUUCAGGCCCCUAUAAUUGCCUCAAUCCUGGCUAUUGUUAUUGGUUCCAUACCUUUUCUAAAGAACUUCAUCCUUACAGACAAUGCUCCAUUAUUCUUUUUUACUGACAGCUGUCUCAUGCUUGGGGAGGCGAUGAUUCCUUGCAUUUUACUUGCGUUGGGUGGUAAUCUUGUUGAUGGACCUGGUGUAGGGAGUUCAAGACUUGGUUUUCGAACAACUGCUGCAAUAAUAUCCGCACGGUUGCUUUUAAUUCCUCCAGCUGGGCUUGGUAUAGUUACUUUGGCUGAUAAGCUUGGGUUUAUCCCGAAGGGUGACAAAAUGUUUAAAUUUGUCCUCUUGCUUCAACAUACCAUGCCCACUUCUGUGCUUUCUGGGGCGGUUGCCAACUUAAGGGGCUGCGGAAAGGAAGCUGCUUCUAUCCUCUUUUGGGUCCAUAUUUUUGCCAUAUUCUCCAUGAGUGGUUGGAUUGUUCUGUACAUGGACUUGCUCUUUUAAACAACUUCAUUCUUAGAAGAUUGGAACAGAUUGAUUCACCAAGCUAUUGGUCAUGUAUCUGCUUCUCUAAUUGAGAGGUCUUAAUCUGAAAGGAGCAUGCUAAUGAUCGUUGCGACUUUUAACUGCGUGAAGCAGCUCAUCUGUGAAUUUGUGUACAUUUAUUUUCUUCUCUUCGGUUUCUGCCAUUGCAGACUCCAGACCUCAUCAAUGGCUGCUUCUCAUCGGUAACAAUUUGUGAAAUGUAUGACCUCUUUGCAGAUAUAACUGAAAUCAUCAGCCUGCAAAAUGAGCAAAACCGUAUGGCUCUAGCUGUGUUUCUCGGACAAUUGGAUCCUUUUUGGAUAUGUUUUUGCAACAUGUUAGAGAAAGGCCAAUUUGUUCAAAAAUUUCAAGUUGCUUGUUAGGAAAAACUGUCUUGUUUUUAUGCAAAAUGUGUUAAAAUAGGUAGGGAUGAUUUUGUAGAAUUUUCAGAAAUAAAGGGAUUUUUUUUUAUCCGAAAAAUAUGCCCCACGGACUUUGUAAUUUUGUGAAGUAUGGGUGCUUUUAUAAAAUGUGCAAAAUCUACCGUGGGACCAUAUAAUUUUGUGAA